UCAUUGCCUUUGGCUUCGAUCCACGCAAGACAUUUAUAUUCCGCAACACGGUGUACAUGGGGGACAUGUACCCAACUGUCGUGCAGGUGCAGCGCAUGUUGACGCUGAGCGCUGUGAAGAAUACAUUUGGCCUGAAGGAUAGCGACAAUGUUGGAAAGGCAGCCUUUCCAGCGGUGCAGGCCGCGCCGUGUUUUAGCAGUGCCUUCCCCCGUGUGCUACCACGGCUAGCUGGGGACCCGCCGCUGAAGUGCAUCAUUCCCUGUGCAAUUGAUCAGGACCCUUUUUUCCUCCUGGCACGCAACGUCGCGCCGCGUAUGAAGUGCUGCGCCCCCGCACUGCUGCACACAAAGUUCCUCCCCGCACUGAAGGGAGCGCAGUUCAAGAUGAGCAGCAGCGCCGAGGGGAACGGAGUCAUCACACUACACGACACGGAGCAGGAGGUGCGGAAGAAGGUGCGCAAGGCCUUCUCUGGUGGGGGUGGCACGUUGGAGGACAUGCGUGCGGAGGGUGUCAACCUGCACGCAGACGUGGCGUACCAACUCAUUCGGUUCUUCUGCCCCGACGACAAUCUCCUCGCGGAGGUGACGUCGAAGUACAGCAGGGGUGAGAUGAACAGCGCCGAGGUAAAGGAACUCGCCGCGGAUGUCGUUGUGCGGCACGUCUUGUCGGGGUGGCAGGCGCGGCGGGCUGGCGUCACAGAUGCCGACGUGGAACAUUUCUCCGGCAUCCGCAGCAUUCUUCUGUGA